UCAGAUCAAGCAUCAAGUAGCUAGCUGCGGGGUCACAGUAGCGGCUCCAAACCGCUUCAUUUCCCUUCUCGUGUUCCCCGUUCACGUCAAAGCCGUCUUCACCGGACUUGUUAAGGAGGACCCCCACGCGUUAAUGGUCCUUCCGAUAUAUCAUGCCCGUCCUGCUCGACUCCUGCUGGCAAAAUGUUGCUAUACACUAGAGUAGCGCCACCAAAGGUUCCAAAGAAGCGGUCCCGUGCUGUUCUCCUGCACACAGGGUGCACAUUCUGUAAGGAAAAAAAGAAGAAAUGUGACGAACAUCGACCGUGUUCGCGAUGCUCUGAGAGAAAUCUCGAGUGCACAUACGAAGCGGUUAAGCCUCGUCAGCGAAAGAAGCCAGACUCACAAUCCUCCUUGAUGAAGAGGGCUUCAACAUCGGAUCCAUCGGGCGAUGAGGAAUGGCACCUGCACGACACAACCGACGACUCAAGCGAUGUCACCUACAUCGGCCCAGUCGAUAUCAGCGUAGACAGCACCCCGCUGUUCGCUGACGAACUUGUCAUGACCCCAGCCGCCGAAGAUGUUGAGGGCCCGACCCAAGAUUUAGUCCGAGUGAGGUCCAGCCUUUCGUCAGCUUCUACUUCACACCAACUCUCUUUGCCGCCUGACUUGGCCAUGAUUGCGCCUUGUCCUGUCCCGUCUCCGAUAUUCGAAUUCUGCAUGCCAGUAUUUACAGAGUUCUCGGAUCGAUCCAAUCGUCGAGGCUUGGUCAAUCAUUUCUGCAAUGUGCUUUCUCACCUCAUAGUACUAUGGGAGGAGUCUGGAAACCCUUUCAACCAGUUGGUGUUACCACUCGCCUACGGUAGCCCCCCGGUGAUGAACGCUAUUUACGCUUUGGCCAGUGCACACCUCGAGUACCGUGGCGUUGAGACCGGUGGUGAGAAGUCGUUUUACUUUCACAACGAGGCUAUACAAGGUCUAGCGCACCUGAUCGAGAAGGGUGGCAAAGUCAAUCGCAAGGACGAGCUUCUGGCAGCAAUCAUGCUUCUUGUGUAUUACGAAGUGUUGGUCCAAAAGGGGCGUUCAAACAUCGUCGAUGGGCAUCUUAAGGGUGCGUUGACCAUCAUGAGCUCAUCUCAGCAAAACUCAAGCCCCGCAGGGACGUUCCUCGAACGCGCUUUCCGCUUUUAUGAUGUGAUUACGGCGUUGUCUCUGGGUACCGCCCCGCUCUCAUCCGCCCCAGCUGCUGGCCGUUUGACCCCGUGCCCUCUCGUAGACAUCGCUCCCGCCUCGUCCACAACCAACGUCGAUAAUCUCCUCGGAAUGGCGACGACACUGUGGCCCAUCAUGCACAGGCUUUCGAACCUCCUUUCGCUUAAAGCCGAGCUUGAGAAUGCAUUGAAGAGGCACCAAUCGUCUAAAGUUGCCGUCUUGCGUACAGAAUUCGAAGCAACAUCACAAGCUAUCGAGGUUGCCCUGAAGCGGUGGCAACCCUCUCUACCCCCUCAAAUACUCCUCGAAGACGGCACUUUGAAGAACACGGAUGGUGAAGAAUUGCAGAAUCACCCCCUUUCGUCAAUCCUUCACAACGCACUAGCAUACCGGCACAGUGCGUUCGUGUACCUAUAUCGCACUAUCUACGGUUACCUUCCUGGACAUGAAGUGGUUCAGAAACAUGGUCACGAGGCACUUGUUCAUUGCGUCCAGGCAGUUGCCUUUAGAGGGCCAAUGGGCGCCUUGCUAUGGCCCCUAUUUGUGGCUGCCUGUGAAGCAAUCAGCCCGGAAGAUCGGAAACUGGCAGAGCAGGCCUUCGUCGAAAUCGACAUGCACCAAGGAAUGAUCAAUAUCGACAACGCCUGGGGUGUUGUGCGCGAGGUUUGGAAACAGCUUGAUAUCUUGAGCGUCACACCGUACGGAGCGAGGGAUGCUGAUCUUUGGCGGAGAGUGAGCAAGGAGAUGGGCGUCAGUAUUGUAUUUGGGUGACGUCUUAAAAAGUAAAUUUUCUGUCGGGGAGGGUGGGAUGGCGUACCAGAACAAAGAGUAUCGGCAAUUGACGUCCAAUAAGCGCAUGAUGGAUUACUGAGCUGCAAGGGCAGUCUUACAAUGUGUGCUCGAAGGCGAUGUGGCAGCGGCUCGGAUACGAAAGCAUGUGCAAAAUGCGGCUAGGAAACUGGCAGCAUGCGAUACUUGAUAUGAUUAAUCAUCUAUCAGCGGCCGUUAUGACAAAGUGCGGCCCGAUGUAAGAGAGCAAACCACAUGACACUCAAAGGCUGUGACCACAAAAAGAUACAAUUCCAGAAUCAGCAUCGGGAUUUAAGGCUUCACGCAGCCGGCAGCUAAUAAGAGCGUUUCACUGUGGUGCCUUUAGGCUAUUGUCGGUGGCGGCAUCCUAUUGGAUAGUAGCACUCGAGGGAUGUGAGUAUCCGACGUGC